CAUUGAACAGUUCGGCCUGGAUUUCCAACACAUGCAAUUUAGUUCCUCGUCAGUCAUUCUGAACCCUCACCCUCGCUCGAGCUGCGACAAUUGCUUCCAUGGCCGGCCAAGCGAACGCCGAAAACCCAACAACGUUCUUCGUUGCCGUUCACGUAGGCGCCGGUUACCACUCCCCCUCCAAUGAGAAAGCCCUCAGGUCCGCCAUGAACCGCGCUUGCCUCGCUGCUGCUUCGCUUCUCUCCAAGGGGUCUGGAAGGUGUAUGGAUGCUGUUGUAGCAGCCAUUCAAGUAUUGGAGGAUGAUCCUAGCACAAAUGCAGGGCGAGGGUCCAAUUUGACAGAAGAUGGUAAUGUGGAAUGUGAUGCCAGCAUAAUGGAUGGAAAAUCUGGAGCUUUUGGGGCUGUUGGUGCAGUUCCAGGUGUUCGAAAUGCUAUCAAAAUUGCUGCAUUGUUGGCCAAAGAGCAAAUUACUGGAUCUCCUUUAUUGGGUCGUAUUCCUCCAAUCUUCUUAUCAGGUGAAGGGGCAUCCAAGUGGGCAAAGUCAAAGGGCAUUUGCUUGCCUGGAAGCACUAGAGAGGCCAAUGAGUGGCUAAUCACUGCAAGAGCAAGAGCACAAUGGACAAGAUACAAAUCUAUGAUUGAUGCUGCCAGAGCUGAAACAGGAGAUUCUUCUAUGGAACAGUCUUCUGUCUGUCAAAGUACUACAACGCUAGCUGUAGAUCAUACUUCAGAAGAUCGCAUUAUGGACACAGUUGGAGUUAUUUGUGUGGACAGUGAGGGACAGGUGGCAUCUGGGGCUUCCAGUGGUGGUAUUGUUCUGAAGGUUAGUGGACGAGUGGGAUUGGCAGCAAUGUAUGGUGCGGGUUGUUGGGCAUCAUCAAAAGGUCCUUUUGGGGCUCCUUUCAUGGUUGGAUGCUGUGUCUCUGGUGCUGGAGAGCACCUAAUGAAAGGGUUUGCGGCAAGGGAGUGCUGUGUCUCACUAUCACUCUCGCAAUCUGGUGCUGCUGCUGCUUGCACAAAAAUCUUACGCUCAGUUGUUGAGGAAAGCUGUCGAUCUGGUACUGAUAGCAGUUCAGGGAUCUUGGUCGUGCAGGCAGAUGCAUCUGUAACAGGUCAAGGAAAACUACCAAGGCUGGAAGCUGUAGAGAUUGCAGCUGCAUACACUUCCUCAUCUUUUGGAGUAGGAUAUUUUGGAAGCUCCAUGGAACGGCCCAAGGUUUCAAUUCUUAGAAGUACAAAACAAAGUAGGACUGGGAUAGAUCAAUUUGGAGCAAGAGUAGAUCUUUCAUGCAGAAGAGGUGACGGUCAAACAAUACCUGAAUCUAAAUAAUAUAGUAGUAGUAAUCUUGCCCAAUGAACAACCAUCAUGCCCUACUUUGCAGAUUUUGGAUGAUGUAUUUCCAUUGAAAGUUUGAAAUUUACUGUAGAUGGACAAUCAAAUGUUUGGCUAUGCGGAUUUUGAUUACAAUGAUGUCAAGUACAGGCCAUUAUGGAGAGAUAUUGUUUACAUGUUGUGGUA